AUGAGUAUAAAAAAUAUUUAUUUAGCCAUUCACUUCCUUGUAGCCAUCUUGGCCCUUCAAUUCUCACUUUCAUAUGCAUUUGACCCAAGCCCUCUCCAGGACUUCUGUGUUGCUAUUGAUGAUAUGAAGUCCGCUGUGUUUGUGAAUGGGAAAUUCUGCAAGGACCCAAAGCUUGCCAAAGCCGAAGAUUUCUUCUUACCAGGGCUUAAUAUUCCUGGAAACACAAACAAUCCAUUUGGGUCAAAUGUGACAGCCGUGACUGUUGAUAUGCUACCAGGACUCAACACUCUUGGUGUAUCCUUAGCGCGCAUUGACUUUGCACCCAAGGGCGUGGUCGCACCCCACACGCACCCACGCGCAACUGAAGUACUGGUUGUGGUUGAGGGCACUCUGUAUGUAGGGUUUGUGACCUCCAAUAUUAAUGGUGAAAAAAAUCGUCUCUUCACCAAGGUCCUGAAUCCUGGAGAUGUUUUUGUGUUCCCAAUUGGUCUCAUUCAUUUCCAAUUCAACGUGGGAAAGACUAAUGCAGUAUCUUUUUCCGGCCUGAGCAGCCAAAACCCGGGAGUUAUCACCAUUGCUAACGCAGUCUUUGGAUCGAACCCACCCAUUUCUGUUGAUGUUCUCACCAAGGCUUUCCAAGUGGACAAGAAGGUUAUUGACCAACUUCAAUCCCAGUUCUGGUUUCACAACAAUUAG